AUGUGUGCGGACCUUGUCUCCUCGCUGGCCGUCAUCCCGGUCCUUCGUCGGGUUCCGGUAGAGCCUCAGUUGAACCUGGCCUUACGACUCUUUUGGGCUGGCUAUCGGGUGCUAGGCUCAUGGCGCACCCGGACGGUAAGGCUAACGGGGGAAAGUCUGAAAGAUGACUCUGAGGUUACCUCAGGCCGCAAGAGGCAUCAAGCACUAGCCUUGGACGACGGAUACUACUCCGCACCUAAAAGGAGUACUUACAAAUCAGGUAUCAAAAGAUAUUCUAAUGUUUCAGGUCUUUCCAUUGACGGAUGUGGCAACGGUAACGGAUUUGGCAACGGUAACGGAUUUGGCAACGGCAACGGCUCAUCUCAGUCUAGUGAUGAGAUUUCGUUGAAUACUCUUACUAACUAUAUCCAUCUAUCAUACUCUGAAUUAUCUGAGAAUUUUCCUAAUUUGACAAAAGAGAAAGUGAAUGAAAUAACAAUGUCCAUAAUGGAUGGUACUUACACCCAGUCUCCCCUAAGAAUAAGGCCAUUUAUUGAUUCUAAAAAUGAAUUGGGUAUCAAGCUUUAUGUUAUGGAUAGAUUCAAUAAUAAAAAACCAUUUGAAGUUUAUUCACAGGAAGAAGACAACCUUGUUCAACUUUCGCUGGCAUUUAUGUUAAAUAAACAUAUAUAUAUGAAGGGAGUUUUCAUGGCAAAUUGCGUGGGGUAUCAUAAUUUGUUACCUACUUAUUAUGAUUUAGUAUGUUCUAGAAAGAAUGUCUUUAAGGUAUAUCGAUUAGACCUAACAAAUUCCCUUUCGAGUAUAAAUCGAGAGAGUUUGUUAUCUAACCUUGAAUCUAUUGUGAAUGAUGUGGAAAUCUUAAGAUAUGUAAGAGAAUACAUUAAUUUACCUUUUGUUACUGAGUAUGGAAUACCCCUAUCCCUCCAUCCAACUACAGCUAUACCACCCUCAGGAUUUCUGAGUUGUGUAUUACUGAAUUAUGCUUUAAUGGACUUCGAUAAGGCUUUUCUCGAAUUCUUAAGGAAUCUGCUUGGUUCUAAGGUGAGGCUCGAGAGACCUGGAUUCGGACAGAUUGAUAGAGGAAAUGCCAAAGCAAUGAACUUGGAUUUCCUAGGGAUCCGUCUAGAUUCGCUCUCAAGACAGCUCUUCCCGGAAAUAAGGAAUGCGAUGAUUCUUUGCCCUCGUAGAAUAAAGGGUAAUCGGAAAAGAAUAUGGAAUGGUCUCUCACUGCUUUCUGCCACUUCCGAAGGCAUUGUUCCUAGGGCUGAAGUGAAGGCUCAGUCUUGCUCGACGGAGCUCCCACGUGCCAUUGAUUUAGAGGAAUUAGCUGUUGCCGUUGGCGCUCUUCUCUUUUCUGAAGCAAGGAAGGAAGCCUUGCCUUUCAUUCAUAAGUCACACAAGAAUUGCUCAAGGUUGGAGGCAAGGCUACUAGAGAAGGGACCAGCCAAGGGCGGGCUGGAAGGCGACAAUAGCAAUAGAGAACGUUGA